UGCAGGAGUGUCUGAGUAUUGUGCUUGUCUGUUUUUUAUAUUUAUGUAGCUAGCUGUAUAUUUAUUUAUUUAUUAAGCAAGUGUUGUAAGGAAUAAGAAGUCGAGGAUAAAGAGGACGGAACUGUUUUGAUUUUGAUUUCUGCAAUGCCUCUCUUUACAUCUAAUCCAUUCGACCAAGAUGUUGAAAAAGCUACCAGUGAGAUGAACACAGCUGAGGACUGGGGCCUGAUACUGGACAUCUGUGACAAAGUAGGCCAGUCACGCACAGGGCCCAAAGAAUGCCUUCGGUCAGUGAUGAGAAGGGUGAACCACAAGGACCCCCAUGUUGCUAUGCAAGCUCUGACACUUCUUGGGGCAUGCGUAUCGAACUGUGGAAAAAUUUUUCAUCUAGAAGUUUGCUCCAGGGAUUUUGCAAGCGAAGUCAGCAAUGUGUUGAAUAAGGGUCACCCAAAGGUGUGUGAGAAAUUGAAAGCUCUGAUGGUGGAAUGGGCCGAGGAGUUCCGCAACGAUCCCCAGCUCAGCCUGAUCUCGGCCAUGAUUAAGAACCUAAAGGAGCAGGGGGUGUCCUUCCCCACAGCGGGCUCUCAGGCAGCAGAACAAGCUAAAGCAAGCCCAGCUUUAGUAGCUAAAGACCCCUCUACUACAACAAACAAGAAAGAAGAGGAGGACUUGGCAAAAGCUAUUGAGCUGUCCCUGAAGGAGCAGAGGCAGCCACAGGCUCCUCUCUCCUCCUUGUACCCCAGCACCUCUGGCCUGAUCUCCAACCACAAGCCAGAAGGGAGGAAGGUGCGAGCAAUCUAUGACUUUGAGGCUGCUGAGGACAACGAGCUGACAUUCAAAUCUGGAGAGAUCAUUACCAUCCUUGAUGACAGUGACCCCAACUGGUGGAAGGGGGAAACGUACCAAGGAGUGGGACUUUUUCCCUCUAACUUUGUGACAGCAGACCUCACGGCAGAGCCUGAGAUGAUAAAAACGGAAAAGAAAACGGUGCAGUUCAGCGAUGAGGUUCAAGUGGAAACCAUUGAACCUGAACCUGAACCAGUUUAUAUUGAUGAGGAGAAAAUGGACCAGUUGUUGCAGAUGAUCCAAAGUGCCGACCCCACAGACAAUCAGCCAGACGCCACUGACCUCCUGCAGCUAGAGGGUGCUUGCAAUCAGAUGGGCCCCCUCAUUGAUCAGAAGCUGGAAGACAUUGACAGGAAGCACUCGGAGCUGUCGGAGCUGAAUGUGAAGGUGAUGGAGGCGCUUUCUCUGUACGCCAAGCUGAUGAACGAGGAUCCCAUGUACGCCAUGUACGCCAAGCUGCAGAGCCAGCAGUACUACAUGCAGCAGCCCCCCUCAGGCUCCCAGCAGGUUUAUCCGGGCCAGGCCCCUGCUAUGGGGACAGUGGCACAGGGGUACAGCAUGCCCCCUGAGCAGAUGCCCUCACUCAGCCAGACGGGGCUGCCUCCAAGCCCUGGUCCCGGCCCCAGCAUGGCCGGCCAGCCAGCACCCAGCAUGAUGGUGAAUUCAGCCGCAGGUGGCGCGUAUGUGGCCCAGUCGGCAGUCUACAGUCCCCCCCCACCCACGGCGGCUGCAGCUGACCACGCCUCGUACCAGGCCUCUGUCAACGGAGCCGGCAGCGUGUCCCAGAUGCCCAGCUACACCGCCGCUUCCCAGGGCCUCCCGCACGCCGCGGACACCCAGCAGCCCCUCUACUCCCAGAAGGCCCUGCUGUAGGACUCCCCAGGGACCCUUGAUCCAGGGAACCCUCUCAACAGGAAUCUGGACUGGACUGUCAGCCUUCCCCUCCAGCAGGGGGCGUGGAAGAGCACCACUGGAUCGGAAGCACACCAGUGUAUGGCACCUGACUUGUGUCUGAUGGAAAGGGGUUACCAUAGCAUUUUUUUUUCUUAAAGG